CGGCGCUGGUGCGGCCAGAUCGAUCCUAAGAUGGCGACUGUGGAACCGGAAACCACUCCCAAUCCUCAGCCUUCAGAAGAGGAGAAAACCGAGCCAGCACCUACAGCACCUAGUCAGGAGGUUGCCAGCCCUGAACAGUAUAUUAAGCAUCCACUACAAAACAGAUGGGCACUCUGGUUUUUUAAAAAUGACAAGAGCAAAACUUGGCAAGCAAAUCUUCGUCUGAUCUCAAAGUUUGAUACUGUUGAAGAUUUCUGGGCUUUAUACAACCAUAUCCAGCUCUCUAGUAAUUUAAUGCCUGGUUGUGACUACUCGCUCUUUAAGGAUGGUAUUGAACCCAUGUGGGAAGAUGAGAAAAAUAAGCGAGGAGGACGGUGGCUAAUUACACUAAAUAAGCAGCAGAGAAGAAGUGACCUUGAUCGCUUCUGGCUAGAGACACUGCUGUGCCUUAUUGGGGAGUCGUUUGAUGACUACAGCGAUGAUGUAUGUGGUGCUGUUGUUAAUGUUAGAACUAAGGGUGAUAAAAUAGCAAUAUGGACAACUGAAUGUGAAAACAGGGAUGCUGUUACGCAUAUAGGGAGAGUAUACAAGGAAAGAUUAGGACUUCCUCCAAAGAUAGUGAUUGGUUAUCAGUCCCAUGCAGACACAGCUACUAAGAGCGGCUCCACCACUAAAAAUAGGUUUGUUGUUUAAGAAGACACCUUCUGAGUAUUCUUUCAUAGGAGACUGCGUCAAGCAAUCGAGAUUUGGGAGCUGAACCAAAGCCUCUUCAAAAGCAGAGUGGACUACAUUUAAAUUUGAUUUCCAUCUAAAUGUUGCUAARAUGUGUGAGAAGUCUCAUUUGCCUUUGUCUUGUACUUCUGUGUUCGAUUUUUUUUUUUUUUUUCCCCCCCCCCUCUAUUUUGGCUGAAGUAACCGUUACCAAUCAAUUCCAGUACACUUCACCUCCCCUUUUCCCCCAAAUCCAUUAAAGGUUUUCCCUGGCCCACUCUGUAAUAGCUUGGUAGAAACGUUACUAUUACAAGAAAAAAAAACCCAAAAAAAGCAGUUGUUUAUCCACAGUAUUCAGAAAAGAAGUUGCAUUUCUGUACCUGCAGGAAAUUACUCUGUUUUACAUUUGCAUUGUAUGCAGUAACAUUUUGCCGGUUUGGAAAGAGUAUGGUGCAUACAGUUUUCUAGCAAUUUUUUUAUACAGCAUCAUCUUUGCUGUAACCUUAUGCUGAUGGCUGCUAGAUUAAUUUAUUUGUUUUCCCUAUUUGAUAACAUUAGUGAUAUUUUGAUUUCAGUUGUUUUUGCUCAUGUAACAUUGGUGAAGAAUCUGGGAAUAUGACAAAGGUGGAAUAAACAUUAAUUUUGUGCAUUCUUUGGUAAUUUUUUUGUUUUUUUGUAACAUCAAAGCUUUGCUACAAAUUUAUGCAUUUCAGUCAAAUCAGUGAUCUGUUUGUGUGAUUUCCUAAACAUAAUUGUGGAUUUUUUUUAAAUGUAACACCAUAAUUUACAUUCCUUACUAGAAAUAGUAUGUCUGUUUUUGUAUCUUAUGCUGUAUUUUAACACUUUGUAUUCCUUAGGUUAUUUUGCUUUGGUUAAAAUGGCUCAAGUAGAAAAGCGGUCCCAUUCAUAUUAAGACAGUGUACAAAACUGUAAAUAAAAUGUGUACAGUGAAUUGUCUUUUAGACAACUAGAUUUGUCCUUUUAUUUCUCCAUCCAUACAGCAAGUAUUUGUACUUAUUGUGACGAGGCAGUCUCUGCUAUGGCUUCUUCUAAUGUAGUGUGUCUUCCAAGAAAGAUCAAGUCUGGAGCUAUAGUUUACUAUGUUUAUUAAAACUUUUAAUAAACCUGUUAGAUAGCACUCUUAAUCAAAGUGAAAUGAUCUUGAUGUGGCUACUGUUUUUUUCUUAGUAGCUGGUCUGACUGAUUAUGCUGUGUGCUUUUUCUCUUGAUUUUGUGCACAUUGACAGAAAUUCAAAAGUACAUGGAAAGCUCUCUGGUUUCAUGUGGGAAAUGAAGUACAAGUGUUCAAGUGAGUGAUUUUCUUUUAAAAUACAAUUGCUGUUUGAAGUACAAGUCAACAGAGCUAGACACRUGGCCACAGAACAAAUGAGUGUCGAGAUUUAGGUGGUUUGCUGUUAGGUCUCUCCUGUAAUGUGAGGAAGCUUUCUCAUGGGCCUGAAAACUGCUGUGGCAGUUGUGGAUAUGUUUGGUUUGCUGGUUUGGAGAAAAUUUUGGAGGAGGACAGGGAAUUGGCCUUCUGGUUUGGAGUGCAGUGUAAGAUGAUGUGUUCCAUUCCACUCUAAAAGUAGAGCGAAAGGCAAAUUAUUGGUAAUCUUGUCAUCUUCCAUCUAUAAGGUCCUUUAGGGUGUUGCCAGGGUUAUUCAGCUAAUCUUCAGUCAAACGAAGGCAGAUAUUCAUACUCUAUUUUGAUCCUUAAAUGUUAGCACCUUCAAGGAAGCUUAGUCUCUGAUGAUGUAGCUGCAGCUGAAUCGGGCUUUUAAAUCUGCCUCUGAGGGACUUGAGUGUUUGUGUGCUGAGCUGGAUUCAAACACUUCCUUGCAUGUUUUGUAAGAAAUGUAUGUCUUAAAAAGGCAUAUUUUGUUUACAGUAAAGUGGUGUUGUAUUCACUUCCCAAUCGUCCUUCUAUCCAUGAAGCACUUAGUAGACAUACAACUACACUGUGUUCUCUGUGCCUGUUGUUGGUGUUGGAGGUGUUGCCUCGGUGUUGGAGGUGGGGCCGUUUGUUCUGGUGUCUGUUGAUGCAGGUGCCGCUGGCUGCCUGUCCCCCUUCUGCAGUGCACGAGCGGGCUCUGGUUGUCUCUGUUGAACAGCAAGGAAUUCCUGCCUACUAUUUCCCAGCUUACGAUUAAAGUAAACUCCUCAAGCUCCCGUUUGCUGAACUGCUGCUGUUCACUGUCAUCAAUCUCAAGUUGAGCAAUGAUUUUAAUGGCUUUGCUGUUUCCUAGCAGGCUAGCGUGCGUGUGUGCGUACCCUAAAUCAGUAACGUCUGUGCUUGUGAAAGUAAAGAUGGAUCUGUCUCCUGAGUGGUAACACGAGAUUGUCUAGGUGUGUGUGAUUUGGGAGCAGUGGAGCAAGGCUCCCUAAAAUCAGCACAACCAAAUUGAGAAGUCUGUGUAAUGCAACCCUUUAUAAACAGCUUGGAGAUUAAUUGAUGUGCUGUUGGGAGAAGCGGGGUUAGUAUUUGAUUUCACUGAGAGACUGAAUAGAGCAUC